CAAGAUGUCAGCGCCCAUGAAAAUUUUUUCUUCACAAAAUUUGUUUAAAAAAUAUCGAUAUUUGCAUGCUUAUAAGCAUUGUUUUAUACGAACAGUAAUGUCAGAAAGUCAUGACUAUGAUCUGGUGGUUAUUGGGGGUGGAUCAGGAGGAUUGGCCUGUGUCAAAGAAGCUGCAAGUCUCGGCAAGAAGGCUGCUGUAUUUGACUGGGUGGAGCCAUCCCCAAAAGGAACAAAGUGGGGUUUAGGGGGAACAUGUGUGAAUGUUGGCUGUAUUCCCAAGAAGUUAAUGCACCAUGCCUCACAACUGCACGAGAUGUCGCUUGAUGCACGUUUAAAUGGAUGGACUGCACCCAAUGAGGAAUCAAUGAAGUUUAGUUGGCCAGAUCUUGCUCAAAAGGUUCAGAACCAUGUGAAGUCACUCAACUGGGGACAUAGGACACAACUUGUUGAAAAAGAGGCAACCUACUUCAAUGCCAAGGCUGAGUUAGUCGAUAAACAUACUUUAAAAGCCACAGACAAGAACGGCAAAGAGAGUUUUCUCACUGCAUCAAAUGUUGUCUUGGCAACUGGGAUGCGACCACGCUACCCUGAUGUACCAGGCCUAUUGGAGCACUCAAUCACUAGUGAUGAUAUUUUCUGGCUGAAAAAAGACCCAGGAAAAACUCUAGUAAUUGGAGGAAGUUAUGUUGCCUUGGAAUGUGCUGGCUUCCUAACAGGGUUCCAAUAUGAUACCACCGUUAUGGUUAGGUCCAUAUGCCUUAGGGGAUUUGACCAGCAAAUGGCAGGUCUUAUAGCAGAUAACAUGGCAGCUAAAGGAACACAGUUCUUGUGGCAAACUGUUCCUGAAAGAGUUGAGAAAACAGACCAGGGGUUGAAAGUGUUCUGGAAAGAAAAGGACGGCACAACCAAAAGUGAUGUCUAUGACACUGUACUGUUAGCAGUGGGAAGAGAGCCCCAGACCAGAGGCCUUGGUCUUGAGAAAGUUGGCGUUAAGAUAGAUGAUAAAUCGGGCUUUGUGAUUGGUGGACACAAUAAAGAUUAUGAACAGACGUCAUUGUCACACAUCUAUGCUAUUGGUGACAUUCUUAAGGAUGGACCAGAACUAACUCCCGUUGCCAUUAAAGCUGGGAGGCUUCUAGCACAAAGACUUUUUAAUAGCAGCACGCAGCAGAUGAACUACAACUCUGUUGCAACUACUGUGUUUACUCCUUUGGAAUAUGGGUGUGUUGGGAUGUCGGAAGAGCUUGCUGUUGAGAAGUUUGGAGAAGAUAAUAUUGAGGUUUAUCAUGCAUUUUACAAGCCAAUAGAGUAUACUAUAGCAGAAAGGUCAUGUGAUCAAUGUUAUAUAAAGAUGAUAUGUGAUAGAAAUGGAGAAGAGACUGUAUUAGGACUACAUUUCCUUGGGCCAAAUGCAGGGGAGAUUAUUCAGGGAUUUGCAGCAGCAAUCAGAUGUGGUGCUACAAGAAAGCAGAUAACAGACACUGUUGGAAUACACCCUACGACUGCUGAAGAAAUAGUCAAAUUAAACAUUACUAAACGAUCUGGCCUUGAUCCUACCGUGACUGGUUGCUGAGGUUAAUUUACCCUUGUUGCCAUAGUAACUGAGCUUAUCACCAAAGCAACAAGGCAUAUUACCAUAGCAACCAAGUGAAAGCAUGGACAGAAUAGUGUGCUUUGUUAGUUGUUAUGGCAGCAAGGAUUUUGUUGAAUAGACGGGAAAUGUAAGAGCAAAUCAGAUUGCAUCUGCACUGUACGUGAUUCAUUUUUAAAGUUGUGCUUGGAAAAUACUGCAUGUUUUGUAAAAUUUCCACUACAAUAAUGGAUCUUACCCAUGUUAUACCCAUGUAGUUGAUAAUAUUUCAAUGUAAUGGGUCAUUUUGUUAGAUGGUUUGUUCUUAGAUUUCCUGUUUUCAUCAAUGCUUGCAGCGUAUGACAACACCACCUUAAACCAUUUUGGCGAGGUGCUGUUUGAUGGUUCUGCAAGUAAAAUAUAUU